AUGCAGCACCGACCAUGCCAGAGGCACAGCCAUGCCAGCGGUGGUCGCCGCCGGAGCGAGACGGUACGUGAUGCAACGCGUGUGCUCUGCGGCAGCGGCCAGCGCGGCUGCGGCGACGGCAAGGCCACCGUCGCCACCUUCAACACGCCCAUCGCUCUCGGUUGCUUGAUUGAUGGCACCCUCGUCGUCUCCGACUGCCAAAGCAACACGCUGCGGUUCGCGGCGCAUGACGACAAGGGCGGGUUCCGCGUCCACGCCCUGCGCAACUCGUCCUUCCUGGCGCCGCGCGGCCUGGGACUCGACGCCACGCUCUUGUACGUCUGCGAUACCGGCCACCACAUGAUCAAGGUUGGUCUCCUUCCCGACGCAUUCCUGGAGGACAUGGACUUUGGCGUCUUUGCGGGUUCGGGGCGGAAAGGGCUUGUCGAUGGUCUCGCGGCGAGUAGCGCAUUCCACCACCCGUCGAGUCUUGUCGUGCUGGCGGACCAUAGCGUUCUUGUCGCUGACACGGGCAACCAUUGCAUUCGGUCGAUCCACCGGACGCACGGGCAGUGGUGUGUGCGUACGAUCGCGGGCGGCGCGCGCGCGCUUGGUCCCAACCCAGUGGUGGGGCGGCGGUCGUCGGCGUCGUCCAACACCCCACUGCCCGGCUACGCGGAUGGCGUUGGGCCCACGGCCCUCUUUCGCGGCCCCAGUGGUCUCGCGCUCGGGCCUCUCGGUGAAGUCUUUGUUGCCGAUACGUUCAACCACUGCGUCCGCGUCUUGACGUGGUCUGAAGACGCUGGCGCGUGGAUUGUCGAGACACUGGCGGGGCAGCCCAAGAGCGGCCAUAUCAACGGCGCGUGCGACAGCGCCCUCUUCAACCAACCCGUGGGUCUCUGCGUCGCGCCGGACGAGUCGAUCUUUGUCGCCGACAAGGGCAACAACUGCCUGCGUCAACUCGGCGGCGUCGUUCGAAGCCACGACCGGUGCUACUACAGCUGGGUGCGCACCGUGACGAUCGAGAGCUUUGCGCCGAGCCAAGUGUUUUCCAAAGGCGUCGAGCCGCCCUUUCUCUUGCCCAAAGGCGUGUGCACGCUCCAAGGACGGUAUGCGAAACCAGAUCAAGUGCUUCUUGGCGUGUGCGAUUCGGGCAACCAUUUGGUUCGUCUCGUGUCCGUGCCCAGCAUCGCGCGUCCCGACGUUGCAAGCAGCGUCGAUGCCGACGGUCGAGAGGAGGAUCUGGACGAUGACAACAACAACAACAACAGCAUGGACGAGGAAGACACCGAGGAGCCGACAGCUGAAACCGUACCCAAGCACGAGUUGGACGCGUUGCAGCGAGAAAUCGAGCAGCUUCGCGCUGACAAUGCCACGUAUCGUCAACUGCUCGAAGUCGCCGUCGCCAAGAUGCACGAGUUGAGCUCAUUGCUCGAAGCCCGCUCGGAUAGCACCAACUAA